GGGGGGGAAGAGAAGGGAGAGGAGAAUUUUGCAGGGAAGCAACAAGAGAAAGAGAAAUCAGUUGAGCGUUGCAAGCCUGCGCGAUUUCUUGGCUGAGAGCUUUGGUAGUCACGUGCUGGACCAAGCCAUGGUGUCUUGCAUUAAACCACAAUCGGGGGAGUUCCGAUGCCAGAUCAUAAUACAUCAUUUGCAAGCUACGUUAGGGGUUAAUGCAAGGCACCAAGCCAAGCCAAGCCAAUUCAACAGCCACUUGGAAGCCCGAAGGUCUCUUGAUUUGCGCUUAAGCACCUCGGCUGAGCGCACCAGGAAAGCUUCCUUUAUUAUACUUUUAGUACAAAGCACGAAAAAAAGAGAUGGCUUUGGUUCCUUAUGACAGCACAGCUCUUUGGGGAAUGCAGAAGUUACAUAAAUCUUCCUCUACAUUCUGUUUUGCCAACCAUACAAUUCACAUUAAGCAGAAUUGGACCCAGCUGGGCGUAGCUGCUGUGGUUUGGGACGCGGCAGUGGUCUUGUGCACGUUCCUGGAGACGGGGGGCAUUGAUCUGCAGGGACGCCGGGUGAUCGAGUUGGGAGCUGGGACAGGCCUCCUUGGAAUUGUUGCUGUGUUACUUGGUGCUCAAGUUACAAUCACGGACCGAAAGGCAACAUUGCCCUUACUUGAGUCAAAUGUGCAAACGAAUUUACCUGUCCACCUUCAAUCAAGAGCAACAGUACAGGAACUCACCUGGGGACAAGAUUUGGCAGAAUUUUCUCCAGGAGAAUAUGACAUCAUCUUGGGGGCGGACAUCGUUUAUCUGGAAGAAACAUUUGCAGAUCUUCUUCAGACACUGGAUUAUCUCUGCUCUGAGGAGACUGUAAUCCUGUUAUCGUGCCGUCUCCGCUACGAGCGAGACCAGAAUUUCAUGAAGAUGCUUAGAGAACAUUUUACAGUGCAUGAAGUGCUCUAUGACCCUGGUACUGAUGUGCAUAUAUUUAGAGCACAAAGGCAUGCCCUGAAGGGGGAUUUGUGAUUGGUCUGAUGAUGAUUUAUUGCCAGCUCAUGUCUUCUCUUUCCUUCUCAUUGCUCCAAUACUUGGAUCAAAAACUCCCAUGCAGCAUCUCCCCCCCCCCCCCUUCUCUCUGUCGCAAUGAAAGUACUUUAUGAGAAUAAAAUGAAACUAAUCUA